GAACAGUCCCUCCAUAUCUAUUAUUACACUAUUCCUUUUGGAUUAUCAAUCAACCCCGUCCAUUUUCCAAAAGCAGCUUUUUAUUGUUUUUUCUUUUCAUUUUUGAGCUUUGGGUUGUUUUGGCUUUUAAUAUUUGAGUUUGGGUUCAUUUUGUUUCUGACAAUGGCGAGUGCUGUCCGGAUGAUUGGUAGGAACGGUUCUUCUUCAUGGAUGCAAGUUAAGGAAAAGGGAAAGAAGAAGACUGUGAUCAGAGUAAGAGUUCGUUGCUCGGCCUCUUCUGUGAUGGAUCCGUACAAAACCCUUAGGAUCCAUCGUGGUGCCUCUGAAUCUGAGGUCAAAAAGGCCUUCAGGCAACUUGCCCUUCAGUAUCAUCCGGACGUUUGCAGAGGAAGCAAUUGUGGGGUUCAGUUUCAAACGAUUAACGAAGCUUACGAUAUUGUGAUGAGCAAUUUCAGAGGGGAAUCGAUCGAGUCACGGAUGUACGAGGCGUUUGAUGAAGGGAUCGAUGAGCCAAUGAGAGGCAUGGACGAUCCGGAUUGGGAUAUGUGGGAAGAAUGGAUGGGAUGGGAAGGAGCCGGAAUCCGUGACUACUCAUCCCAUAUAAAUCCUUACAUUUGAACAAAAAUUGUAAAUUAAUCUUAUGCAUGGAGUAAUGACCCCACAGCCUUGCAACACCCCAAAAAUGGUGGUUGUCCCUUUGUACAUAAUGAUUGUGGGAUGAAUCAUUUGUCUUUGUAUAUGUGUAUGUAUAUAUAAGUGCCCUAAAAGCUGGGAGAACAAACGCUUGAUGCUUCAAUUUGUUAUGCUCAGCAAAACCAUCAGAAAUAUAAAUAAAAUUGAGUUAUCUUCGCUUCCA